AUGUACAUCACCCUCUACUACAUAGUCACCCGGCUCCCUGACUCUCUCCGCGUAGUUAAGGACCACUUCCUCUCAGUUUGCCCCACCACUUUCACCAUUGACCUCCUCGAGAAGGGCCUCCUAGCAGCAGAGAAGAGCAUAGUCGCUGUAGGAGCCUCUCGUGGUGACCCUUGCACCCCCAUCUUUGAGGGGUGUUCCCCCUCCCCCCUCUUGCCCUCUGUUGCUUCUGCUGCUGCGGCCGACCUCGUUGGUUUCGAGUCGGUCACCGCUGCGUCUGCCCCUAGCGGGAGACGCCGCACCGGCAAGGGCAAGGGAAGCAAGGGCGCUGGAGGGGCUGGCGGGGGCGGUGGAGGUGGUGGUGGAGGCCGUGGAGGGAGUGGGGGUGGUGGUGGGAGUGGUGGCGGGGGUGGCGGCGGCGGCGGCAGCAGUGGAGGUGGAGGAGGCGGCGGUGGUGGCGGAGGGAGCCCAGGCGGCGGAGGUGGCGGAGGAGGCGGAGGUGGAGGAGGCGGCGGAGGCGGCGGCGGCGGCGGUGGUGGAGAGGGUCGCGACUCUGCGCAGAGGAGUGGCUCAGGUGUCACCCGGCUCCCUGACUCUCUUCGCAUAGUCAGGGACCACUUCCUCUCAGUUUGCCCCACCACUCUCACCGUUGACCUCCUCGAGAAGGCCCUCCUAGCAGCAGAGAAGAGCAUAGUCGCUGUAGGAGCCUCUCGUGGUGACCCUCGCACCCCCGUCUUUGAGGGGUGUUCCCCCUCCCCCCUCUUGCCCUCUGUUGCUUCUGCUGCUGCGGCCAACCUCGUUGGUUUGGAGUCGGUCGGCGCCGCGUCUGCCCCUAGCGGGAAACGCCGCACCGGCAAGGGCAAGGGAAGCAAGGGCGCUGGAGGGGCUGGCGGGGGCGGUGGAGGUGGUGGUGGAGGCAGUGGAGGGGGUGGGGGUGGUGGUGGGAGUGGGAGUGGUGGCGGGGGUGGAGGUGUCGGUGGCAGAAGUGGUGGCGGAGGAGGCGGUGGCGGUGGCGGAGGUAGCGGAGGCGGCGGAAGUGGUGGAGGCGGCGGAGGUGGCGGAGGCGGCGGAGGCGGCGGCGGCAGCAGUGGACCUGGUCGCGGCUCUUCGCAGAGGAGUGGCUCCGGUGGUGGUCCGCGCCAACAGCAGCAGCGCAGUCAGGAGACCCUGUCCCCUCAGCAGCUUCGUGAGUGGUACGCUGCGCGUCAGCGCGGUGGGGUUACUAGGCACUGCACUUACGUCCUCCGUUCCGGCGACCGAGAUGGUGAGCAGUGCGGGGGCCCGCACUCCACCAAGCGCUGCUUUGGUCGACUGACGGACGCGUGGCGUCGCCAGUUCCCUGAGGCGUCAGAGAUCCCUCGCUAG